CCAGAAACCAACUGUUUUCAAUGUGAAAACUCAACACCAUGCCGCCCCUGCUGCCAGCCCGGCACCACUGGACCAAACUGCUGCUCACGCUCUUCUUCAAUGCCUUCAACCAACAGGUGACGGGCUCGCUGCUUGAAAGCCUCAUUUCCAAGCGGACUGAGUACUUGGAGAACUGCAACAGAACCCUGACAGCAGCUUCCUUCCCACCAAAUGGAAGCUUCUGUAAAGGAUCGUUCGACAUGUUCGUGUGCUGGCCUCACUCACUUCCCGGGAAUGUGUCCGUCCCCUGUCCUUCCUUCUUACCGUGGAUCGGAGAAGGUGGCACCAGGAGGGCACAUCGGGAAUGCUUGGAAAGUGGGAUCUGGCGCCAGAGAGAGAACUCCUCCGAUCCGUGGCGGGACGAUUCUGAAUGCCUGGAUGACCGGUUCUUCAAAGACGAGGAGGAUGAGAUGUUUCGCCAGACCGCCCUCAGGCUCAUCUCUGUCAUCGGAUAUUCGCUGUCCCUGUUCUCCCUGACUGUGGCCACCCUCCUCAUGGGCAUGCUGAGGAAGCUCCACUGCACCAGAAACUACAUCCACAUGAAUCUGUUCAUGUCGUUCAUCCUGAGAGCCGUGGCUGUCAUUUCUAAAGAGGUCACCCUCCACAUCAUGUACUCAAACCUGCCCAAGGACGACCCUGGAUGGAGCUCCUACUCCAGCUCCCCGGUGGUGCUGAUGUGCAAAUUCUCCAAAGUGUGCAUGGAGUACUUUGUGGCCUGCAACUACUUCUGGCUCUUGGUGGAGGCCAUCUUCCUUCACACGCUGCUGUUCACCGCCGUGCUGACCAAGAGACGCCUGCUGAAGAAGUACAUGCUGCUGGGAUGGGGAACCCCGGUCUUGUUCGUGGCCCCGUGGACCGUAGUCAAGAUCCUGUACGAAAACACAGGAUGCUGGUCAAUCGUGAACAAAUGGUUCAGGUGGAUAAUCAGGGGCCCGAUUACUCUAUCAGUGCUGGUUAUCUUCUUCAUAUUCAUCAAGAUCCUGAUGCUGCUGCUGUCCAAGCUGAAGGCAGAUCAGGUCAAGUUCACCGACUACAGAUACAGCUUGGCCAGAGCGACGCUGGUGCUGAUUCCUCUGCUGGGAGUCCAUGAAGUGGUCUUCACCGUGCUGAUAGACGAGUGUAUGGAGGACAACAGUCGCUACGCUCGAAACUUCGUCAACCUCACGCUCAGCUCUUUCCAGGGGUUAGUGGUGGCUGUGCUGUACUGUUUCGCCAACGGAGAGGUCCAGGCGGAGAUGAAAAAGCGCUGGCAGCUUUUCUUGUUCACCGGCCACUUCAAGGCGGGGACGUGCCUUCGGGGGGCGCCGCUCAAGCAGCUGUGGAAGUGCACCCGGCGGCGCGGCCCGCAGGGCUCCCGGCACUGCGACUCCUUUGACGAAGGCGCCACGUCGACGCCUCUCCACCCCCGCCUGCUGCAGGUGGCGGUGCACGGGGGAGGCGGGGCGCUCGGGGGACUCGGGGAGGUCAAAGGUCAGAGGCAGAAGGGCUACCAGGCGCCGGGGCUGGACUCCCUCACCAGGAAGAGCCUCUCCAGCAGCGACGGAGAGAUGACGCUCGGAGAGACCGAGGAGGAGAUCCUGGAGGAGAGCCAGUUCUGAUCCACUCAUCUCCACGGUUACGAACCGGGCGCCACAAAACCAACGAGUCUGUAAAAUAAUGGAAGUAAUGGGACAAACACAGAAAUAAGUAAAUGUAAAAAUACAGGAUCAAGACUGAUAAAUAAAAGCUGAUAAAUAAAUAGAAGAAUAACUAAAAGUAUUUUACUUUACUUUCACAUUUAUUUCUGUAAAUAUAUUUCUGUAUAUAAUUUUAAAUAAAAAUCUUUAUUUAUUGUAUUAACAAAAGUAAUUUUUCUUCAUUUUGCAUAAUUUAUUCCUUCAGUUUUCUUUUCAAUCUGUUUCUUUCCUCCAUCGUCUCAUGUUAUUUUUUUCCAUCAUGGCUUUGCUUCUGCGUCUCAACGUUUUUGGAGCUACGUGGCAGAGAUGUUAAUCUGGUGCAUUUUUGUUGUCAUGGCUACUUCUACUAUUUUGUACGGUAACUGUUAACUUUUAUCGAUAUUGGAGACAAACCGUCCAAUCGGAGCGCCUGUGAUAUUCCCACUGCAUUUCUAACGACCAGGAUGAACCUAAACGCAACGGGCAGCAAGUCCUCAACGUGAAGCAUCAACCAUUUUUGCAAAUUUCCCGGCUCUUAUGGCAGAAGAACUUCGUCAAAGUCGACAAACGUGCAAAAUUCAUAAUAUUGUGUCUUUAUUCUUGUAGAUUUAUACUAAAACUGUGUGGACUUAUUUUUCUCUCAACGUGGCCUGAAGCUCGGUCCAGUCAUAUAAAUAAUAAUAAUAGAUAAUAAUAUAUCCGAGUGGAGCGUCCUCGGGACUGAACCAUGUAUUUGAAUACAAUGUAUUUGUUGUCUGAAUGUGAAAAAUGCUGAACACUGCUUUUUAUUUUAUUUUUGUGAAGCUUCAAAUGUUUUAAAGACUGUGAUGUCCCGAUAAAACUAUCUAAUGUUUGUAGACUUACAACAAUGUUUGUGCCCAAAUAAAACUUGA